AUGGCAAACCGCACAGACCCUGAUGCGGAUACCGUCCACGGGGCGAACCCGCAGUUUCUGGUAGAUCGGAUUAUCCGCGUCAAGAUUUACAACGAUGCUUACUGGAAGGAGUACUGCUUCGGCUUGACGACGGAGUCCCUCAUCGACGAGGCUGCCAAGCUGGACUAUGUAGCGGGCACGUAUGGAGGCCGCAGACGGCCGGCUCGCUUCCUCUGCCUCUUCCUGAAGCUGCUUCAGAUUCAGCCUGAAGAGGAAGUUGUCAUGGAGUACAUCAAGCAGCCUGAGCUGAAAUACCUGCGGGCGCUUGGUUGCGCGUACCUUCGGAUUACAGCCAGGUAUCCGACCAUUUUCCAGACGUUCGAGCCUCUCUUUGCCGACUACCGGAAACUUCGGUAUCGAGACAUGUACGGGAAGAUAUCCAUUAUCCACAUGGACGAGUUUGUGGAUUGGCUUCUACGAGAAGAGACCGUCUGCGAUGUCACAAUGCCGCAGAUGCCAAAAAGAGAGAUCUUAGAGCAAACUGGAAUGCUGCAGCCUUACCAAAGUGUCUUGGAAGACGACUUGGAAGAUUUGGAGGAUCUAGAAAGAUCCCUGCAGGAAUUACAAAGCUCCAAGGAG